GGUGUCAAACACCGGCGUGGACAAAACAAAAAGGAUUCCUCCUCCACCUCCUCGGCACGAUUCGAAAAAGGACUCCACGGCACGAUGGUUUUACCAAACAUUUUGGUAACGGGUACGCCCGGUACGGGAAAAUCGGAGCUGUGCAAGUUGCUGGUUGAAAAGCUGGCUCCCGACUUCACGUGGCAGAGCGUGAGCGCGAUCGUUAGCGAACACGGUUUCGUGGAGGAGUACGAUGAGGAUCUGCAGUGUCCGGUGCUGGACGAGGACCGGUUGCUGGAUUACCUUGAGCCCAUCAUGCAGCAGGGUGGCCAGAUCGUCGAGUAUCAUAGCUCGGAUUUCUUUCCAGAACGCUGGUUUGCGGCCGUUUUCGUGAUGCGCUGCUCCACGACGAUCCUCUACGAUCGCCUGCGGGAACGGCAGUACAGCGAGAAGAAAAUCAAAUGUAACGUGGAGUGUGAAAUCUUCCAGACCCUCCUCGAUGAAGCACGCGAUUCCUAUCGGGAUGAGAUCGUGUUCGAGCUGCAGAGCGAUUUGCCGGCCCACCAAGAUGCCAACGUGAAGCAGGUGUGCGAGUGGCUGGAAGAGUGGAAGAAUAAAAAAGGGAAAAAGUGACUCCCCGAUGGUGCCAAAUGUUACGCUUAUGCUUCGCGGAGACACUCGAUGGUCCGUGCAUCCGUAGUCUCCCCCGCUAGUGUGUCCUUAUACUUAUGAAGUUGAGUAUUUCUUGAAAUUAUUUAUAAUCAACAACAAGCUACUACACUU